UGGCGCCGCGCGCCCGCCGCUUGGGCUGUGGGAAGAGGAACCGAACUGGGCCUCGCAGCCUCCUGCUCUCGACUUUCCGGUCGGGAGCGCGCGGCGGAGCCGAGGCGUCUGUGCGGCGCCGCCAUGGGGAAGCGGGAUAACCGGGUGGCUUAUAUGAAUCCUAUAGCCAUGGCCAGAUCACGAGGUCCUUCACAGUCUGCAGGGCCAACAAUACAGGACUACCUGAACAGACCAAGGCCAACAUGGGAAGAAGUGAAAGAACAACUAGAAAAGAAAAAGAAAGGAUCAAGGGCAUUGGCUGAGUUUGAAGAAAAGAUGAAUGAGAAUUGGAAGAAAGAACUAGAAAAACACAGGGAGAAAUUAUUAGGUGGAAAUGAGAGCUCCUCCAAAAAGAAAGAGAAAAAGAAAAAGGAAAAGAAGAAAUCAAAUAGGUUGUCUUCAUCUUCCUCUUCUUCAUCAAGCUCUGAUUCUUCCAGCAGUUCAUCUGAUUCUGAUGAUGAGGAUAAGAAACAAGGGAAAAAACGGAGAAAGAAGAAGUAUCGCUCCUUGCGGAAAUCUUCUGAAAGCUCUACGUCUGAUUCUGAAUCAGACAGCAAGGACAGCACAAAAAAGAAAAAAUCAAAGGAAGAACAUGAAAGAGAAAAGGACAACAAAAGUCUGAGUAGGAAAAGGAAGAAAAUUGAUCGUGGGAAUGGACCUUUAUCAUCUGAGUCCUUAUCAGAGUCAGAUCCUACAGAGGAGGUGCAAGUGAAAAAGAAAAAAAACAGUGAAGAAAGAGAGAAAGUAACAGAUAAAACAAAAAAGAGAAAGAAGCACAAGAAACAUGGGAAAAAGAAGAAAAAGAAGACAGCUGGUUCAAGUUCAGAUUCAGAAUAACACUUAAAAAUCAAGCCUGUCCCUUCAACAAAAGUGCAAUGACUAAAGGAAACUUCAACUGUGAAAAUUUUCGCAAACUUUACCACACUGCAUGAGUUUUCCAGUGUUUUAGAAAUAUUACUAGACUUUCAAUAGCCAGCCAGGUGCUAAUGUGCCCAAAAAGUCCAUUGUUGUUGCCUGCUGCUUAAUACCUGGGGUACAAUUUUUUUUUUAAUUACAGUAGCCAGUGUUAGUUUAAAAUCAUGAGAUAGGGUGGUCCAGCUAAUAUGUAAAAUAUUAGGAAAUAGAGUGCAACUUUUAGAUACUAAAAAUAGUGUUUUAACAAGUAAGUAAUAUGGUCCAAUUUUUAAAUCUGCAGAAAUAAAAUCAAAAAUUCAUCUUGAAGAGGAAUAUAACAUAAGACUAUUGAUACUUGCUGACUACUAAUGCCAUUUGUGAAAUGGGAAUAGAAUAGUAACAAUUUUAAAGGUUACUUUUGUAGAAGUAUUUAUGAUAAUUUUGCCCUUUAUUUUCUUUUGGGAGUGUUACCAUUUUGGCUAGCUGAAUUAGGGUGCCUUUGAUCCUUGCAAAAUCUAACUAUUUUUAACAGUACAACAGCUAUAUUUCCUAGGGAGAUCAGAACUGGUAUCGGCAGGUUUUUCCUGAAUAAACAAUUCUGGGCCUCUAGCAUGUACUUCUUCAUUAAGUAAGAGCAGUGACACGCUGCAGCAUAACUUGACAUCCAAAAAUUAAAGACUUUACCUCUACUUUAUUGAAAUGAUGCUGAAUACUGUGCUAUUAAUAUGCAUUAUAUCAUUUAAAGUAAUUUUGAGUCUAACUGAACAUUUUUGGCAAACACUGGUAGCUUUUUUCCUUUGCAUUGCCAUUGAGAUAUUUAGAAUUAUUUUGUAUGUUUUGUACCAUUUUUAAAUAACGUACAGGUAUUCAGUUGUAACUAGUGAUUUUUUUUUAAUGAAUUAUGUUCCAGAUGUGGAGUUUCAUGUAUGUGUUUACUUUAUUCUUAUAGUAAGUUCAUUUGCUGUGAUAAAAUGCACACUUGCUGAAAAUAUUUAGCAUGUAAAAAGCAGGGUUUUGAUAUCUAACAGCUUCAUAUUGAAGCUGAUUUUACUCUAAGCAAGUUCAGUGGCAGACCUGUUAUGCGGAUGUGUCUUGUUAUAUAAAACUACUGCCAGAAUCUCAGUAAAGAUACUCUUUAAAAAGUU